AUGGAAGUCACCGGGGGACCGCGGCUGGAGGAGGCGGAGCGGGAGAGCUUGCUGGGCUCUGUCCACGGCGUCUCAGGCCCCGUGGUGACAGCCACCCGCAUGGCAGGGGCGGCCAUGUACGAGCUGGUGCGGGUGGGCCACGCCGAGCUGGUCGGGGAGAUCAUCCGGCUGGAGGGGGACAUGGCCACGCUCCAGGUCUACGAGGAGACCUCCGGGGUGCGGGUCGGGGACCCGGUGCUGCGCACGGGGAAGCCGCUGUCGGUGGAGCUGGGACCCGGGAUCCUGGGAUCCAUUUUCGAUGGGAUCCAGCGGCCGCUGCGGGACAUCGCGGAGCUGACUCGCAGCAUCUACAUCCCGCGGGGCACCAACGUCCCCUCCCUGCCUCGCCACCUCUCCUGGGACUUUGUCCCCAGCAAGAACAUCCGGGUUGGCAGCCACGUCACCGGAGGUGACAUCUAUGGGAUAGUGGCCGAGAACUCUCUGAUCCAGCACAAGAUCAUGGUGCCACCUCGCAGCCGGGGCACUGUCACCUACAUCGCACCCCCUGGGCACUACAGCGUCUCGGACGUGGUGCUGGAGCUGGACUUCCAAGGCAGCACCGAGAAGCUGCAGAUGCUGCAGGUGUGGCCGGUGCGACAAACGCGGCCGGUGGCCGAGAAGCUGCCCGCGAACCACCCCCUGCUGACCGGGCAGAGGGUGCUGGACGCCCUCUUCCCCUGUGUCCAGGGUGGCACCACAGCCAUCCCAGGAGCCUUUGGCUGUGGCAAGACUGUCAUCUCCCAGGCCCUCUCCAAGUACUCCAACAGCGACGUCAUUGUCUACGUCGGCUGCGGCGAGCGCGGCAAUGAGAUGUCCGAGGUCCUGAGGGACUUCCCCGAGCUCACCAUGGAGGUGGAUGGCAGGACAGAGAGCAUCAUGAAGCGCACGACCCUGGUGGCCAACACCUCCAACAUGCCAGUGGCUGCCCGGGAGGCCUCCAUCUACACUGGCAUCACGCUGUCCGAGUACUUCCGGGACAUGGGGCACCACGUCAGCAUGAUGGCAGACUCCACCUCGCGCUGGGCAGAGGCCCUGAGGGAGAUCUCAGGGCGCUUGGCCGAGAUGCCAGCAGACAGUGGCUACCCUGCCUACCUGGGUGCCCGCCUGGCCUCCUUCUACGAGCGCGCAGGGCGGGCACGGUGCCUGGGGUCCCCCACCCGCGAGGGCAGCGUCAGCAUUGUUGGAGCUGUAUCCCCUCCGGGAGGAGACUUCUCUGACCCUGUCACCUCGGCCACGCUGGGCAUUGUGCAGGUGUUCUGGGGGCUGGACAAGAAGCUGGCGCAGCGCAAGCACUUCCCCUCGCUCAACUGGCUGAUCAGCUACAGCCGCUACCUGCGGGCGCUGGAGCCGCACUACGAGCGGCUGCACCCCGAGCUCCCCGCGCUCCGCAGCCGCGCCCGCAGCAUCCUGCAGGAGGAGGAGGAGCUGGCAGAGAUCGUGCAGCUGGUGGGGAAGGCAUCGCUGGCUGAGGCCGACAAGGUGACCCUGGAGGUGGCCAAGCUGCUCAAGGAUGACUUCCUGCAGCAGAAUGGUUACUCCUCCUACGACAGGUUCUGUCCCUUCUACAAGACCGUGGGGAUGCUGCACAACUUGGUCACCUUCUACGAGCUGGCGCGGCACGCCGUGGAGGCCACCGGCAGCGGCGAGCGCCGCCUCACCUGGGCCACCAUCAGGGACAACCUGGGGGACAUCCUCUACAAGCUCAGCGCCAUGAAGUUCAAGGACCCGGUGAGGGACGGCGAGGCCAACAUCACCGCGGCCUUCGCGCAGCUCAACGAGGAGAUGCAGUUGGCCUUCCGCAACCUGGAGGAUUGAGGGGGGGGGC